AUGCACCAUGAGCGUCCUCUUCGCGUCAUCGUACAGCCCCGCCCACGCGAUGGCUCCUCAACCCUCAACCCUCCUAGUCCUGUCGACCUCGAUCAGAACGCAAUCGUGUCCCUCUUCCACUUGCGACAGACCGACGCUGCUCGACGCCUCGGGCUCUCGCUCUCUUCCCUUAAAGUUGCCUGCCGCAGAAUUGGAAUCAACAAAUGGCCUUACAAUCGUGGAGGAGAGCAUGUGCAGGCUGCUCGAAAGGCUGAGAGAAGCAGUGACAACAACUCCGACUUGUCAAAAGAAGAUGAAGGAGUGAAUGAAUCGGAGAGCAGGGGGCGAGACUGGAUGGAAAUGAGGAUGCAGGAGCUGAUGGACGAAGGCUUGCUCCAUGUCUCUGGGUUACUAUCCGUGUCAGAAGGGAGAUUGAAGCGAAAUGCUAAACUCAACAUAUCAGCAACACGUGAGUGA